AUGGGGAUGGAGGAGAUGGGGAUGGAGGAGAUGGGGAUGGAGGAGAUGGGGAUGGAGGAGAUGGGGAUGGAGGAGAUGGGGAUGGAGGAGAUGGGGAUGGAGGAGAUGGGGAUGGAGGAGAUGGGGAUGGAGGAGAUGGGGAUGGAGGAGAUGGGGAUGGAGGAGAUGGGGAUGGAGGAGAUGGGGAUGGAGGAGAUGGGGAUGGAGGAGAUGGGGAUGGAGGAGAUGGGGAUGGAGGAGAUGGGGAUGGAGGAGAUGGGGAUGGAGGAGACGGGGCCAAGGAGACUGGCGCAUUCGGCACAAUAUGCGGAUCUCGCACCAGCAUUCCAGCGAGAUGUAUCGAUGUCGUCAACUGUUUUCGCCCGUAGGGGAAGCUUCAAAGCUUUAGCUGAAGAUUGGAUCCUUGCGAUUAUCUCUCUCCAGUAA